AUGGGAUUCUGGAUGGACUGGGAGCUGUGGGAGCAGAUGUGCUUCGCUCUUGUUCUCAUAUACGGCACAUGCGUCCAUAUCUACAACAACUGGAGGAUAAGAAAGAUCGGAGCGGCAGAGAAGCUGAAGAAAGAAGGGGAAGAAGCGACUGUGGGAACAAAGGAUCUCGACCUUAUACCCUUUGGAUCUCGCGCGCUCGAGAGUGGAAUCGAGAUUGAGGGAAUCUGGGUGUCCAAGAAUAACACUCCCCUGGCGAGUCCGAUUCCGGCUGCUACGCCUGAAGGAACAAGACCGGGUACUCCAUCAUGCAGCAAUCUUGACCUUGGAGCUGCGGCCGUCUCGUCAUUUAAAGCCGAAAGUCCUGCGCCAGGAAGUGCUCUAUCAGUCGACAUAAGAGAGGAGGAGACAUUGAACAAAACGAACGAACAGCGCGAGGGAGCCGCCACAGUCGAAGAGCUUAACAACAAAAGCAGCUCAGGGUCUUCUGGCACAGAAAUUUCCGACGAAUUAAGCCGUCGGCCAUCUCCUCCGGACGAAGCUGAGCGCGAGAGCAGAGAACAACCAUACCUACAAGCAAACCCCAGAAGCGUCUCCCACUCAAGAAAUCAGUCGAGCAGCCAUAUCCCCGUGGAAGGCGAAGACCAUCUACGGGCGCUAUACAGCCACAGGCAGUCCCACGUAGCUGAGACCGGCCAGCUCGGAGGACCAUGGAGACAACAGACCGUUUCCAGCUGA